AAUUCCAAAUAUUCGAGACUAGAAUUACCAGCGAUCACUCACAGGUAUAAAGAAACACACUCUUGAGGUGCGUCUGGUUCAGUAUCAUUGUGGUGGAAGUAGAUUGAAUGACGAUGCACAUUUGCAACGCUUCAAUUGUAAUCACACAUUGCGAAUGCCAUCUACUGCCGAUCUCAAUCUCAUGGUAUUAUGUAAAAGGGGUCGGUUGAAGGAGACGAUACACAAUCGGCUUAUAACCCGCAACCUCACUGUACUUUCUUCUGUAUAUUUUCAACAGUCACAGAGUUGUAUUGCCAAGAAUGCGACUUCACAACAUAAAAAAAUGCAUUCCAUCAUCAUUGACGGAGGAUUUGCAUAUGCUGCAUGCACAUUUAUUCAAAAUAACCUUAUGAACAUGUAUGUGAAGACUGGUAGUUUCGUAGAUGCUCGUAAAGUGUUUGACGAAAUGACAGAACGAGACGUAUCUUCAUGGAAUAUCAUAAUUGCAGCCUACAGAAGACAUGCUAAUCAUCGCGAGGCAUUGACAUUGUUCAAUCUGAUGCAACGAACGGAAACCCAACCCGAUCAGUUUACUUUUGCCAGCAUACUCCCCGCCUGUGCCAAAGUAAGAGCUGUGGAACAGGGUAUGAGUAUCCAUCAAAGCAUAGUGGAAAGAAGAUUUCUGUCAGAUCUGGUAGUCGUAAGUGCCCUGAUAGACAUGUAUGGGAAAUGUGGAAAAAUAGACAAGGCACGCAAACUGUUUGACAAAAUGCCCCAAAGAAAUACGGUUUCAUGGAAUGCGCUGAUUGCAGGAUAUGCACAAAAUGGGAUCCUUGAAAGGGUUUUGGAAAGUUUUAAGCGCAUGCAAUUGGCGGGUGUGAAACCAGUCUCGGCAACCUUUGCCAGCAUCCUUCCAGCCUGUGCCAAAAUGGGAGCUUUAGAAGAGGGUAUGGAAAUCCAUCGGUGCACAAUAGAGUGUGGAUUUUUAUCAGAUCUGGUAGUUGCAAAUGCCCUACUAGACAUGUAUGCAAAAUGUAGAAGUGUACACAAGGCAUGCAACCUAUUUGACAAAAUGCCUCAUAGAGAUGUAGUCUCGUGGAAUGCAAUGAUUGCGGGAUAUGCACAAAAUGGGUUUGAUGGAAAGGCCUUAGAGACUUUUAAGGAGAUGCAUUUGGCAGCUCUAGAGCCGGACUCAACAACCUUUGCUAGCAUACUUCCAGCCUGUGCCAAAAUGGGAGCUUUAAAACGGGGUAUGAAUAUCCAUCAAAGCAUAAUUGAAAGCAGUCUUUUAUCAGAUGUUAUAGUUGCAAGCGCCCUGGUAGACAUGUAUGCAAAAUGUGGAGACAUACAUAAGGCAAGUGAACUGUUUACCCAAAUGCCUCAAAGAAAUGUGGUCUCGUGGAAUGCAAUGAUUGCAGGAUAUGCACAAAAUGGGUUUGUUGAAGAGGCUUUGAAUGCUUUUAAUCAAAUGAAAUUGGCAGGUGUAAAGCCAGUCUCUAGAACCUUCGCCAGCAUCCUUCCGGCUUGUGCCAAAGUGGGAGCUUUGGAACAGGGCAUGGAUAUCCAUCAGAGCAUAAUCGAAAGCGGACUUUUAUCAGAUGUUGUUCUUGCAAGUUCCUUGGUAGACAUGUAUGCAAAAUGUGGAAAUAUAUACAAGGCGCGUGAACUGUUUGACAAAAUGUGCCAAAGAAAUGUGAUCUCAUGGAAUGCUAUGAUAGCAGGAUAUGCACAAAAUGGCUUUUAUAAAGAUGCUCUCGAUCUCUUCCAAUUAAUGAUGCAUUCUGGAACGCACCCUGACCAUAAGUGGGCAGGUGGGGUGAAGUUCAAAUGCUAAGGAGACUGAUGAAAGAUAAAGGAAUUAAAAAAAUACCUGGAUGUAGUUGGACUGAAGACCAUAAAAUGGUCCAUGUUUUUUGUGCAGGAGACAGAUCACACCCACAAACUCACGAUAUAUAUGCAAAGUUAGAUAAAUUGUCUUG